AUGAAUUUGAAUAAAAUUCUACAAAAUCUACCAUGGCAGAGGGUGAAAAAUGUACGAAUAAAUUUACGAAGUCUUUCAACCCAAACGACACACAGAACAAAGGAAUCACCAACGACGCACACCAUUGAAGAGGAAAAGGAGAAUGCCAAAUAUCCUCGAAAAAUCUUUUCUGGCAUACAACCCACCGGCCAACUGCAUUUGGGUAACUAUUUGGGAGCUGUCCAAAAGUGGGCACAACUGCAGAACAGUGGUGAUGAUGUUACCUAUUGCAUAGUCGAUAUGCAUUCCAUAACAAUACCAAAGAAUCCUGCAGUUUUACGUGAAAAUAUUUUCGAAAUGGCUGCCACCAUGUUGGCGUGUGGUUUGGAUCCCGAGAAAUCGACAAUUUUCGUACAAUCCUCAGUGCAGGAGCACACAGAAUUGGGUUGGAUAUUAAGUUGUCUAUGCACCAUGCCGCGGCUGGGCCAUUUGCCGCAGUAUAAAGAGAAAUCACGGCAGGUCAAGGAUGUCCCGUUGGGUCUAUAUGUUUAUCCAGUAUUGCAGGCUGCCGAUAUUAUGUUGUAUAAAGCCACCCAUGUCCCCGUUGGUGAAGAUCAGCUGCAACACAUCCAGUUAACCCAACAUUUAUCCCGCAUCUUCAAUACGAAAUUCGGGCAAACCUUCCCAAUUUGUCAUGCCAUGAUCGAUAAUCAUGAUGGUGCCCGCAUUCGAUCCCUACGCAAUCCCACAAAGAAAAUGUCCAAAUCUGAUUUGGACACGAAAGCCACAAUAAAUAUACGCGAUGCUCCCGAAGUUAUUGUGGAAAAAAUUAAAAAAGCUGUUACCGAUUUCACCUCCGAUGUAACCUAUGAACCCGAAGCCAGACCUGGUGUUUCGAAUUUAAUUGUUAUCCAUUCAAUGGUUAGUGGAACACCAAUUGAAAAGGUGGUGGAGGAGGCUCGUUCCAUUGAUACUGGACGUUAUAAGUUAAGGGUAGCUGAGGCAGUGGUCGAACAUUUGAAACCCAUUCGUUUGGCGAUCGAUGAUCAUUUGGUGAGGAAGGAAGAAUUAAUUUAUUUGUUAGAGACGGGGGCGGAGAAGGCCCGCCAGGUGGCUCAACAAAAUAUUGUAGAGGUUAAGGAGAAAAUGGGUUUGGGUAUUUAUCGGAAUAUUCCACAGUCCAUAGAUAUGUCGGCGGAGUUAUUGAAUGUCUUGCCCAAGGAUAAGAAAACAACGGCGGAGAAGGCGAAAAAGGAUAAGGAGGGAGGAGCGGAUGGACCGGUGGUGCCGAAACAAAAACUGCGUGUAGAAAAGAAGUCGGGGCAACAGAAUUUGGCACCUAGUUUUAAAUUGGAGGACUCACAAGCACCAACACCUUCCGUGGCGAAAAAGGUGCAAUAA